AUGAUCCAAAACUUAGGCUUCCACUGGGCUAGCAAUGGAGAGAGCUUCACCACUCAGUCUUCCCGUGAAUUACCCAUUGAAAGGAUUAAAAAUGACCUCUCAGAUUCUUACCCAAAAUUCACUGAAAUGAUAAACAGCUCAUCAGAUGUAGAAGAUUUCAAGUUGGAUCCAACAAGUUACACGAAGGUCCACGACCAAAACUGUGCUAGUAAUUUAGGAAGUGUGUCUACACCUAUCAAAGUGAAAAGCCAGAUUUUUCCCACGGUGAAUAUUUCAAACUCAAAUCAAUUGGCUUCGUCAAUUUCAAGCCCCUUGGAUUCGAACUUGCAGGCUUUGGAUCUCUUCUCCUCUGCAAGAAUUUAUGGGAAUUUAAGAGAACCUUCUUAUGAUGAUUUUGGCCUUUUUGAAGAGAGUAUUUCUUAUGAUGAUGAUGCUGAUCAUAUGCAGCAAUCAAGUCAUAGGCCAUCAAAUUUCCCAUGUAAGAUAUCUCCCUUUGCUAAUGGAGUUGCAGAAGCAAAAAGACCGGGCAAUUUUUUGGAGCCAAAGGCAUCUCAAGCAGGCGUAAAGAAAUCGCGAUUGGAGGAAAUGCUCAUCAUGUGCACCCUUCAAGGUCAGAAAAGACAAAUUAAGAGACAGAAUUGCAGCUCUUCAACAGUUGGUAGCACCUUUUGGCAAGGUAGUGUUUUUGCACCUCCUUAUCACAAUCCUAGGCUCCUAGCUAGCUAA